CCCAUCACAAUCUCAAUUUCACACAAAGCUAACAAAGAAAAGAAAAAAAUCCAUUCGUCUUCUCCAAUUUUCUCGGCGAAGAGAACUUUUUCCAAACAGUUUCUAAAUCUAAUCAAAGUCAAAAAAUGCUUCUUAAGACUGUAACUUCAUCUUCAGCUCUCUCUCUGGUGAGUUUCCAUGGCGUGAAGAAAGAUAUCUUUCCUUUGUUAUCUUCCAAUCUUCGAGUUUCUUCUGGAAAAUCUGGGAACCUAGCUUUCUCUGUUCGCGCAUCUAAGAGCUCAACCACCGAUUCCUUGAGCGGCGUUGUCUUCGAGCCAUUCAAGGAGGUGAAAAAGGAGCUCGAUCUUGUUCCAGUAAGUUCUCAUCUCUCGCUUGCUCGGCAAAAGUACUCAGACGAGUGUGAAGCCGCCAUUAACGAACAGAUUAAUGUGGAAUACAAUGUCUCGUAUGUGUAUCACGCUAUGUAUGCGUACUUCGAUCGGGACAACGUCGCCCUCAAGGGUCUUGCUAAGUUCUUUAAGGAAUCAAGUGUGGAAGAAAGAGAGCACGCUGAGAAGUUUAUGGAGUAUCAGAACAAACGUGGUGGGAAGGUCAAGUUACAGUCCAUUGUGAUGCCUCUCUCAGAGUUUGAACACGUUGAUAAAGGAGAUGCUCUAUACGGCAUGGAGCUGGCUCUGUCACUGGAGAAACUAGUUAAUGAGAAGCUCUUAAACCUCCACAGUGUUGCUUCGAAGAACAAUGAUGUCCACUUGGCAGAUUUUAUUGAGAGCGAGUUUCUGACAGAGCAGGUGGAAGCAAUUAAGAUGAUUUCAGAAUAUGUUGCCCAACUGCGACGAGUUGGCAAAGGACACGGAACAUGGCAUUUCAACCAGAUGCUUCUGGAAGGGUAAGCAGCGUUGGAAGGACUCUUGUCUCUGGUGUUUUUUUUAUAUGAAGCUCUCUUAGUGAUAUGUAUGGAACUAGUUUAUGUUUAGUUCUUCAGCUUGUACGAUUUUGUGAGGUAGACGUCUUUUUUUUGUAAGAGACAAAACAUGAGUUUAAAUUCUGGUCUUAAGGUUCAUCGAACCCAUCUGGUGGUGAGUGGUAACCGAUAUAUAGUCUGAUUCGAGCUCAA